UGUCAAUGGUACUGGAGCUGCUUUCGCUGCGCGAGGUAAAGUGUAGUGAUUUACCCCAUUGAUCAACAAUGGUAAAGUGGGCGGUUCGAGUUCGGUUGGCGUCAUCCUGAAGAGAAAUGAAGAUGGCUCCUGAAUGCUCCGCGGCAGCACGAGCACACAGAUGCGUCAACCGCCAGCUGUCAAGGAGCACGAGCCCAUUGCUGUGAGAGGGAAGGGAACGAGGAAAAAGUAAAUAGAAGCUUAAGGGCGGAAAGCACUACCCAUCCGUGAUUGCGGGUCGCAGAGACGGACAAAAGAACGGAGAGCCAUGGGUUCGUCCACAGAUGAAGAAUUCAAAGAAAAAUUACUAUGGAACGUGAAACGAGAAGUAAAACAGAUCAUGGAGGAGGCGGUGACUAAGAAAUUUGUCCAUGAAGACAGCAGCCACAUCAUUGGACUGUGCAGCACAAUCGAGGCGUGUCUGGGGCACCUAUUGAAGCGGCGAGCAGCGGGCUUCUUGCGUAGCGACAAGAUUGCUGCCCUCUUCACCAAGAUCGGCAAGGUCAACACCACGGCUGGAGAAGUGUGCCGGAAGGUCCAGGACCAGCUUACGCAGCAGGCAGAGAUUACUAGAACCCAGAGGACCCAGAGUGUGGGUCAGGAGCCACUGAGGAGGCAGGGGUCAUCGUCGACAGGUCGUGCCCCCCAGCCCCUAUCCGCUCAAGCCAUCAAGCACAUCUGGGUACGAACUGCCCUCUUUGAGAAGGUGCUAGACAAGAUCGUUCAGUACAUCGUGGACAACUGCAGUAAGUACUAUGAGAAGGAAGCCCUGAUGCACGACUCAGUGUUUGGACCUAUUCUGGCGUGCCUACUUGUUGGUCCUUGUGCUCUGGAAUAUACCAAGCUGAAGACAUCAGACCACUUUUGGACAGAUCCAUCGGCCAAUGAGCUGGUCCAGCGCCACCGGAUACACGGAGCCCACCGAGGCCAGGAUACUUCCCCUAGCCGGAGGCCUGCUCUGGGGAUCCGGAAAAGGCAGUCCAGCGUCAGUGUAGCCGAUGAUAAGUUUGCGGCGUCGGCUCGGGAAUAUGUGGAAUCUCUUCACCAGAACUCCCGUACUCACCUGCUCUACGGCAAAAACAAUGUCUUGGUCCAACCGAAAAAAGAAAUGGAGGUGUUGCGGGGGUAUCUGUCCCUCCACCAGGCGGGGGAUAACCUCACCUUGAAGUGGACCCCUAACCAGCUCAUCAACGGGACACUGGGGGACUGUGACCUGGAGAAGAGUAUUUACUGGGACUAUGCCUUGACUGUGCCUUUGCGACAAAUCGUCUGCAUACACUGUCACCAGCGACCUGACUGUGGUGGGUCGUUAGUGUUGGUCAGUCAGGAUGGUAUCCAGCGGCCACCCCUCCACUUCCCCCCCGGUGGGCACCUUCUGGCCUUUCUGUCCUGCCUGGAGACAGGCCUGCUGCCGCGCGGUCAGUUGGAGCCACCCCUCUGGUCCCAACGAGGCAAGGGUAAGGUUUUUCCAAAGCUGAGGAAGAGAACCAGCACAGUGAGGCUGCUGGACCAAGAGGGACCUGGAGAGGAACAGACAGCUGCUGACUACGUGUUUCGCAUUGUCUACCCUGGACACAACCAUGACUCUGCGGUGACUAUAAACUACCACCACACAACGGGCAGCCGUGCUCCCUCGCUGGAUGACGACGAAGAGGAGGAAGAUAGACUCCACGCUAUGAUCUCAAUGAUCUGCUCGCGGAACCUCACAGACCCUAAUGUCAUGAAAGAUCACGGGGAGAUGAUGGAUAUACAGGGUGCUUAUACAGGAAGCAGCCCAUCGUCAUGGCAGCAGGCGGCGGAAUGCACCUGUAUUGUGUCGUCAUGUCAGUCUUGCUCCACAGGGGACAUUAAUGUCUCCUUGGAUUACCCAGCGGGCUGCACCUGUAUUCACGACCGUAUCCCUCUGAAGAUGCUGUGUCAGAAUAUGAAGAGGCAGAUUGUCUCCCGAGCCUUCUACGGAUGGCUGGCAUACUGUCGACACCUGUCCACAGUGCGGACACACCUGUCAGCAUUGGUCAACCACAACAUCGUCCCCCCUGACAAACCCUGUGAGGCGUCUGGUGGUCUGAGCAAAGACAUGUGGAGCAAGUACCAGAAAGACUGCAAGAACUACAAAGAGUUGGAGUUGCUUCGACUGGUGUAUUAUGGAGGCGUGCAACAUGAGAUCAGGAAGGAGGUCUGGCCCUUUCUGCUAGGCCACUACAAGUUUGGCAUGGGCAAGAAGGACAUGAGCCAAAUUGACGAAAAGAUCACCACACGCUACCAGCAGGUGAUGAAGGAGUGGAAGGCCUGCGAGGUGAUCGUCAAGCAGAGGGAGAAGGAGAUGCAAUCAGCCAUCUUCGCUAAGCUGUCUUCAGGAAGCAGCAUAGACAGCCACGUCCUCCGACUCAUACACAGAGACUCCACCCUCAGCAAUGAGGUGUUCAUGUCAGUAGAUGAACCUGAUGCCGGGGGUCCAGACACUCCGGGGGGGGGGGGCACUCCCGGCCACUCCACAGUGGUCCCGCCUGCCUCUGGGGUGCUAGCGCCUGACGAGCGACCUCUAGUGGAGUUCGACUCCCCCGACUCCGGCCUCCCAUCCUCCCGGAACUACUCUGUUGCCUCCGGACAUUCCCAGAUCCUCUCCUCUAUCGAGGACGGACAAAGCAUGGAAGAGGAAGUGGGGCCUGAGGACGAGGCUCAGAUACGCACACCCUCCCAGGGGCGUGACGACUCGUUGAGUGAGGAGAAGCUAUGCAGUCAGUUGGAUAAGCUGAUGACCAGCGGGAGUGAAACAGUGGAGGGGAUGCCUUCACUGUCCUCUUACACGAUUGAAUUGUUGGAUACAGUGGCUCUGAAUCUCCAUCGGAUAGACAAGGAUGUCCAGCGUUGCGAUCGUAACUACUACUACUUUACCACCGAAAACCUGGAGAAACUACGCAACAUCAUGUGCAGCUAUGUGUGGGAGCAUCUGGAAGUUGGUUAUGUCCAGGGCAUGUGCGACCUCCUGGCUCCUCUCAUGGUCAUCCUGGAUGACGAGUGUUUGGCGUACAGCUGCUUCACCCAACUAAUGAAGAGGAUGAGCCAGAACUUCCCUAACGGCGGAGCCAUGGACACACACUUUGCCAACAUGAGGUCCCUCAUUCAGAUCCUGGACUCUGAGUUGUUUGAGUUAAUGCACCAAAAUGGAGACUACACCCACUUUUACUUCUGUUACCGAUGGUUCCUGCUGGACUUCAAAAGAGAGCUGCUCUAUGAGGAUGUGUUUUCGGUGUGGGAGGUGAUCUGGGUGGCUCCACGUAUUUCCUCAAAGCAUUUUGUCCUGUUCCUGGCUCUGGCCCUGGUGGAGGUGUACAGAGAGAUCAUCCGAGAUAACAACAUGGAUUUCACAGAUAUCAUCAAAUUCUUCAACGAGAUGGCUGAGCGCCAUGACGUGCAGCACAUCCUUCAGAUCGCCAGAGAGUUAGUGCACAAGGUCCAGUCUCUCAUCGAGAACAAGUGAUACAACAGAGGAGGAGGGCCAGAGAGGAAGAAGAUGAGAUUAACGGAGAGGGGGAGGAGCCAGAGAGGAAGAAGAUGAUAUAAACAGAGGGGGAAGAGCCAGAGAGGAAGAAGAGAUAAACAGAGGGUGAGGAGCCAGACAAGGAAGAAGAUGAGAUUAACAUAGAGGGGGAGGAGCCAGAGAGGAAGAAGACAAGAUUAACGGAGAGGGGGAGGAGCCAGAGAACAUCCUUGCAACCCCUCUUAUUCCACACACCUGUCAUCGUCCACUGGCAUAACUUCUCUAUCUCACCCUUCUUCACGCAUCCCCACCUUGGGGAAAAGACUGGGACAUGUGGCCUCCAGUCGGACUGGCGAAGGCUCCAUGUGACCAACCUAGCCUGGGUGGAGAGGGACGCUGGACUGGAUAGAGGUCAAGGAGAAGGCUUAAUAGUUCCAAUGCCGGUCUGGUUCUGACACUGGUUCCCGGUCCAAGGAUUUAGUCUUUAGCCGCUUUUCAGAACAAGACAGCCGACAAUGUGCCUUCUAAAGACCCAUCUCCCCCAUUUGUGGAGAGGGCAUUCAUUCGAUUCGCUCAAUUGCAUAUUAUCCAAAAAGGGCACAUUCUUGGCUGUUUAGUUUGGUUUUCAAUAGUCUUGGCUUGAAUCCCCCGGUCCAAAUCUAUGUCCGGAUACUGGUCUAGGUCUCACUCUAGUCUAGAUGUUGUUUACAAGCAACCAGUACCACAGGCACUGGUUGUUGUCUGACGUUUGGAGUUGUCUGCAUGCUUGUUACAUUGAUCCCACUGUGACUGCCUGCCCGCUGUACCUUAUGAAUCCUCCACUGUGCACGUGCAAAUGGCAUGCACUCACCCAUACACACCGACCAAACAAGUGCACCAUUGUUAGUCCAGAACUCAUGCACUUGCCCUCAGAGACUCAAGUAUUUGAGUCCAAUCAGUAAGAUUGAGAUUCCUUUGAGAGUCAAAUUGGUGGAUUGGCUAAAAGCACAUGCUUUAUGAAUGCUGCUUUAUCAAGUGUGACUUCACUUUUAAGCGACACAACAUUGGGAAUGAAUUACCAAGUAAUUAGCACAGAGACUUGAGUGUGGUUUAAUUGAGUAUAUAUAACCAGUGUGCACAGUGCACUGCCAUUAGAGGCCUCUUGAGGUCACUAGCGCACAUAGUCUAUUAUGGAUUUCCCAUUAGCGGUAUUACAAAGAAGAUUAGUACUAACUCAGCCACGAAGAAGAAGCCUUUAUUCAGUGACCAAAUGGACUGUGCCAACUUUCUGACCUUUUCGUAAUGUAUUUAUACAACUAUAAAGGCAUUUGUCUUCUUCUGUCUUCUGCUACCUUCUUCUUAAUUCUUAACAAUCUUAAGUUCCCACUAGAUUGUUCCUUUAUAAACUUUCUUUAUAGUUCUUAAAUGUAUUUAUUUUUAUUGAUUCUUCAGAUGUUGCCUUUCGAAUAUACUAAUACACUGUACGUCCACAACCCGAUCCACUUUGUUGCACUUUUUUGUGAGUUUUUCCCUGGUUGGUACUGUAGCUGUGAAGCCCCACUACUUCCCCAGAUCAGGGUGCUCUUUAGUGGGGUGGAGGUGCAACCCAGUUCUCCUUUCGGGAUGGAUGUCGCUGACUGACAGAUAGGUAGUCUUUUAUUUUCUCUUUCAAAAUUAAAUCCUAGGUUGAGUACCCAAAAUUAAAAUUGUCCAAUUAUAAUAAUAGAAAACAUUGUUAUCUAUUAGUUGUUUGUAUAUGUGGGGAGAGGGGGUGUAUUCUGACACUUUACUGAGACUAUGAAAUGACAGAGGGGAUACACAGGUGGAAAGGAUGGACUGGGAAGUGGAAGACCAUCAGUGUGGAGAGGAAUUAUACAGUAAUGUGAAAAGGUGUUUGGAAUUAGUUUUUAACAUAAUUGGAAACAUGGACAUGUUGUCUUCACCUCAACACUAUUGAUGACCAACACUAUAGAAGUGACCAAAUAUAUAACAAUCAGAAAAAUUCUGAAUAAAAAAAAUCAUGUAUGCAGUUUCAAUGGUGCAGGAUAAAAAUUAUAACCCAAGCUUCAAUUGCUAGUGUUGUACCCUUUGGUUGAAACUUCAUGGAGCUGUUUCUUGUAACUGUCCACUUUCAGUGCUGCUUGAACUGUGUCAUGUUCGAGAGCUUCAGGUCCUGUCAAAGCAUUUCAAUAGGAUAAAAGAUACAAUGCUUUUUUUCUUUUAUAGAGCCACUCUGUUGUUGCUUUGCUUGUGUGUUUUGGAUCAUCGGCCUGUUGCAACAUCAUUGUUCAGUUCAACUUCAGUUUUUUUUUUUUUUUACAGAAGGCCUCACAUUCUCCUCAAUAAUUCUUUGGUGCUAUAUGGAAUUCCUGAUUGACUCAUUGAUGGCAAGUCGGUAGAGUGCUGAAGAAGCAAAGCAGUCCCACCCAAAUUGCUACCGCCACCAUGGUUUAUGGUUGGUAUGAGGUUCUUCUGUUCAAAGGCAAUGUUUUGUAUUUGUCAAAACUUGGAUCUGGCAUAGCGCCUGAACAACUCCACCUUUAACUCAUCUUUCCAGAGCACAUCAUUCCAGUAGAUUUGUUCUUUACCUGGGUGAUGUCUGGCAAAUGUCAGACAUAUCUUGAUAUUACUUUUUGAGAGCAGAGGCUUCUUGUUGACCUCUAUGUAGGCCAAGUUUGUGCAGUCUCUUUCUGACAGUUGACUCAUGCAUUUCAACAUUGAUUUUGGCAAGAGAGGCCUGUAGAUGCCCUGAUGUUAUGUUGGGGUUUGUAGUGACUCCUAUGAGAAUCUUUCCAUCAGCUCAUGCCCUGAAUUUGGUGGGAUGCCCUUGGAUGAAGUACAGUAGGUAUUUUGAUCUUGGCCAAGUAAUCACAGCAUUAAGACCAAACCACAAGAAGUUUCUAAUCUUUAUGGACCAUACCAAGUUACACUACCAAGUUCCUUUGCACCUGUUUUGGUAUAAGGAAUUUCUGUUGAUGUUAAAUGCCUAAAUGGUUUCAAUUAGAUUGUUUAUGUAAUCUGCUAAAUUGGUAUACCUUUAUUAGUGAAUGAGGUUGGAAUUUAGCUCAUAUACAUGUGUCCAAUUAUGUAAAAAAAAUCUAUGUAUAAAUUUCUUCCCAUUGCAUUCCCCUUCCAAAUUUGGGAAUUUGCGACUACCACUAUGCCAUAUCACAACAGAUCCACAGCAGGUGCUGUAGAAUCAAAAAUCUAGAUUUGUCUCCUUAUAUACUUUUCACCAAGCCCUUUCAUGCAGUUUUAGAACUUCAUAUGUGGUAAUUAAUGAUCGAAACAGGUUUCCCUUGUUUUACUGUUCAGGGGUGAGCAGUGUUACAUGGCUCAAUUCAAAUGGAAUGACAGCCUGUGCUGUCCGUCAUCCACGUAGCAGCAACGUUUUUUGCACUUGGUUUUCAGCGUACAUGACAUACUCUUUAUUUAUUUUUUUGCUGUGUAAGAAAUUCAAAGUGGCAAUGAUACAAAUAAUGAGACACAAAUGUGCAACCUCACACAAGCCACUAGACUACUUUCUUUUGUGCAUUGGUUUACUCUGUUUACCUGAACAUGUCAUGUUGAUGACACGUGGCACGUCAGCACAUUCUACAUGAGAUAGUCCAGAAUGUCCACCGUUGGCCAGAAAUACUGAAAUGCUUCUUUGAGAGAGAAAUAUCUAGGAUUGCUUCUCUAUGUGGAAACCAAAUGUCCACCAAAUCCAGUAUGAAAUGUUCUUAACCUGGCUCCCCAAACCUGUCUUUAAAACCUGUGCUAUAAAUUUCAGUUUAUGUUGACCAGGUUAAACGGGCAAAAAGUUAGGGCACUGCAUUAAAUGCAAAUAAAAACAAAAUACAAUAAUGUGCAAAUAAUUUAUCCCUGUAUUAAUUUUUUACAAAGACAAC